AUGGUAUUGAGAUUUCUUCAAACCAUACCAAGUCUUGGCGGUAUUUACCAUACCAAUACCAACUCAUACCAGACCAUUCUGAUCACUGGCUUCAGCAGUCUCAAAAUUUUCGAAUCGUCCCCAGAGUUUCUAGAUGUCCCUGAUAUCGAGCGUCCCAAGAACGCACAGGGAGAUGAAGAUGCUUUGGUAGCGUACACAAUCAUGGUGAACGAUCUCAACCAGAUUAGGUCCUACAUCGGAUGGAUUUGGUCCAAUUACCGAGAUGGAUGUUUCGAUCUCGCCAACGAUGCUGUUGCCACGAAUACUGGGAUCGAUCUGGCACGCAAUCUUAUUGAGCAAGUCCUCUCAAUUUUUAAAGAUCAUGGUGGUACCAGUACUAUGCUGGGGAAGUUUUCUUUUAUCUGUCGUAGACGAGAUAGAUUUUCACAGGAUGAUAUUCUUUCAUGGGGCCCAGCCGGUAAAAAUGAAAAUAUUUAUGAGGUCGCGGACAAAACCUACCUGAAUGCCAGUCUGUUGCUUGAUGGCCUGGCUAGGGUUUUACCUCCAAAUGAUUCACCAAUCUACAAGGAAGGCAUUUUUGGAACGUACGAUCCCCAGAGUGAUCGAACGUCCAAGAAAGGUCGAGCCGAAUUCAAAGAGGAUCAGAUCAUCCUAUCCGAGUUCUUCACCGAGGCCGCCACGCUCGCUCGUCUUGUUCCUAACUACCCAGUUGAAGACAACUUCAUUCGAGGAAUCCGAGAGUUGGAUGCCACUGGAAACGUACCUUUCCACCUUGUCUACGCCGACCAAAUCCUCUUGGACGUUCAUCACAUCAUCAGAGAUCACGCAUCCAGUGCAUUAGACAGUCUGCUCAAACACACGAUUGCGAUGGCUUGCGAGCUGAGUAGCCAUAUCGAGUUUCAUGAGAACUUGAGAAUUAAAAACUGA